AACAGGAGUUAGCUUGUGCAGAAGUAGCUAGCUCACCUCUUUUCUGGCUCUAUAUUCAUAUUAAUAACCUUUAUCAUCAUGUCCUUUAAAAGAGAAGGUGACGACAAGAGUCAGUUAAACAUCCUGAAGAAGCGACGUGUUGAGGAUCUUCUGUCUCAUUUCAUCCCUGAGGACGAAGCGGUUCUGAUGAGAAACGGAAGAUAUUCCUGCACCGUGUGUUCGUAUCGUCCCGUGUUCGAUACCGUGGACAUGUUGACGGUUCACAGAAACGGGAAAAAGCAUCUGGAAGGAUUAAAAUUGUUCUAUGGCAAAAAAACACGGCUGAAGAAUGAAAUAACAAAGAGGCGACAAGAAGACUCCGUCCAGGCUGAAGACGCAGGACAGGAACCGUCCAGCUCUGCUCCGUUACUGGAACAAACACGAAAGCUCACAUAUCACGCUCUGCUGAAAACGGUCCCGUACAACAGCUGCCAUCGAAAAACCAGCACAAAAUCUGAGAAAGAACCAGCGAGCAUCAGCUCAGACGUCAGAGGAAACGCUCACAGAGAAACUUCAUCUGGGCCAGAAAACACAAGUGAAGCUUCUGACUCUGCUGCGUCCAGAAGCUGCAGCGGCUCCACGGCAGAUAAUAAAGAGUUAAAUCCAUCACAUGAUGUGGAGGAGUCUCAGCCAAUCACAGCCGAGAGGAGGAGAGAGCUGGAGCACUACCUCAAACUGAAAAGUGACGGGUGGAAACAGGACGGGAGCGGCCGGUGGAUUAGAGACGAGAACGUAGAGUUCGAUUCAGACGAGGAGGAGCCUCCGUCGCUCGUCCCCUCAGAGGACUGAGGACAGAGGACAGAGGACUGAGGACAGAGGACACAGAGGAACUUGGAACGUCCUGGAGCCGCGGUGCUGAAUGAACUAGCUGAGCUCCCCCGUGCAGAGACUCAUUGAAUCACAUGAUUUCCUUCCGGCUCCACAGAGACUGUUUCAUCUGGGCUCUCACUCACCAGCAGUAACAUAAAACUUCUAGAUUCCAUUCAGCUGCAACUCGUGAUUCUUUUAUUGUGCUAAAAACAAAUCGUACGAUUUAAUGAGAAGCUUAAUUUCCUCACAGUCGGCUGAUUCGUUAUGUCACAGCAUUACAUUUAAAGAAUUAGAUUUAGAAACAGAAUGUGAGAAACAAUUUAUCCUUUGCUGAGAACAGAGAACAUCGAGCAACUUAAAGACAUGAAGAUUUUAAUAAAAAAAGAAUUAGUGUCUAAUCCCAAACACUGGCAAACAUUAUAGAUUAUACUGUAUAUUUGCAUAUUGUUUUAACCAUAAUGUCUUUUAGUUAUGAUUAAUACUAUUCACAUUUCCAGGUGAAACACUGAAUGGAUAUAUUUUUUAUGCAGAUUUGUUCAUAAAGGAAAACCAUGCAUCGAAAUGUCAUGUGCCUCAAAUCAUAAUAAAGGAGGAUACGGGUUAAAGAAGUUAAACUCGUUAAUUCAUGUCACAGGCAAAUUGUUCUCAAGCUCUUUUCUGCUCCAUUUGUACCUGAUUAAUAUGUUUAGCUUAAUAUAAAAAUAACAGUUUUAUGAGUGAUGUGGGUUUUUCACUGAUGAGAUCUCAGCUACAACUCACACACCAACGUCUGUAGACAUUAUAAACUAACAU